AUGACAAAGUAGACUGAGCUUCGAAAUUAGACGGAUCAUCUCUAUGUCGUUGUCCGAGCUUCAAUGCUGAAGAUGCAUCGAGAGAAGCUUGCCCGAGCUGGCAUCAACCACUCUCUGCACACGUGUACCAUAGCUAACAAUAAGAGAAAUUCAUGCGGAACUAUGGAUGCUUCGCUGAGCACGGUGGUUCUAAAAUAUGGAGCAGGUUCAAAUUUUGUCAGGCUUAUUGUUAGUGCGACUGCCGAGGAAUGCGGAUUUAUCUGCCAAACAUAUGCAGUUAUUUAUGGGUUUUAUCUACCAUUAUUUUGGCUACCUAAAGGACGAGGUACCCAAUUUUGAUUAGACAACGGACCAAUUGUGGAACAAUCGUGGAUCAAUCUCCAACAUGCUUGAUGGGUGCAGUGGUGCAAGUCAACGAUCGGUAAUCCCAGAGAAGUGACGACAGUGGCUACGAAUCCAUUGGAUGGUAAUCGAAUCGUGGGUGGUUGUGCAAAUGGACAGUUAAGUAAAAAUCUUCUUCUCUCAAUAAGUAAGUACUGUAACAAAUGAUAUAUGAAGCUCUGAAAAUUACAGGUGGUACUCCGACAUAUUCCAGGAUGGUCCGUCCCCAAAGGAGAUCAGAAAUCACCGAACACCUAUACACUGUUCAACGAACAAUGCUGAAAGUUCCAAUAAGCAGAUGUCCUCCUCGUUGAAGCUUUCUUCAUGGUCGCAAGCUUCUUGGUCGUCAGUCGUGUCUUGCGUCUCGGCGACGAAGCACACCCCCAACCCUCCACGCGAAAGCAUCCCUCUCAGAGUCGAUUCAACCGUUAGUCGAAUACGAUGGACGACGCUUACAAUUUAUCCACGAUAUGCGAGCACUAUUAAUUAUCAACGGAACAAGAAUUUAUAAAAAAAUAUACUUGUGUACACGUGUCGAUACAUGGAAGUUCGGUACAUGUGGUUUAUUUCUGUCUUCUCGACGUAAUGACGGUCAGGACUUUUUAAUUAAACUUGUGUGAAAUUAAUCAAGUUUACCAUGGUGGAUAAAUUACACGAGUACGAGGGUUUCGCUGGAAGGGUGCACGGCGUUCGUGAUAAAAUUAAAGAGAAAUGGGAGGUGUGGAAAGAGUGGAAAAACGGGAUACCAUUGGACCAUGGUAUCGAAGGGGUUUUGAACCAUCUCCGUGGACCACCGAAACUCGAGAGAACUUUGGACGAUUAUGCACAUGUUUAUAGAAAAAAGACACGAGGCGAACUAGUACGUGUAUCCGCGGCUGUUAUGGGAAUAGAAUUCUCUUACGCAGCUGAAACAGCAUUCGUUUCGCCCACGUUAUUAAAAAUCGGCGUGGACCAUCAGCACAUGACCCUCGUUUGGGCCCUCAGCCCUCUCAUUGGAUUCUUUGUUACACCGAUUUUGGGAAGUUUGAGCGACAGGUGCAGGUUGAAAUACGGAAGAAGAAGACCCUUUAUUUUAUUGCUAGCGAUUGGAGUGUUAAUCGGAUUGAUACUAGUUCCAAAUGGCGAAGACAUGGGUUACGCUUUCGGAGAUACACCAUCGACUCACAUUAACUAUACCGUUCCGCUUGGACAUCGAACCACAGCGAAACAAGCAAAAGAAGAUUCAAUUAAACCCCCAUCGCAUUCCUGGGGAAUCUUCUUCACGAUUUUAGGCACGGUUCUUCUCGAUUUCGACGCGGAUGCUUGUCAGAGUCCGGCUAGAGCUUAUUUACUCGACGUCACCACACCUGAGGACCAUGCAAGAGGUUUAAGUACGUUCACCAUAAUGGCAGGUUUAGGGGGUUUUAUGGGGUACGGGCUGGGUGGCAUAAAUUGGGAUGCCACAGCAAUAGGCGUCAUGCUCGGUGGACAUCUUCACGCCACGUUUACAUUAAUCACCAUCAUCUUCGUUAUUUGUGUAUCUUGUACCAUCACCAGUUUCAAAGAGAUCCCUUUGGAAUUGCUAGAAAGGGAUGAAUACCAGCAACUCCAAGAACAAAGGAAAUCUGAAGAAAAAGGUGAUGAACAAAAGGAGUAUGAUAAAAUCACCACAGAUGAAUGCGCAUCUUAUGGAACAGUGGACAAUGAUCAAGAAGUUGCUACAAGAAGAGAUGAAUUUGUUCUAAAACCUCUCCCAGUACAGGAAUCAGAAAAGAGGGCUGGUCAAGUACCUAUGAUGCCAGAUUCAACCACAGAAGGAAACAAUUAUAUUCAACCUGAUUUUGACGAGAAUAUGGAAGGAAAUCCUAAAGCUACUUUAAGGGAAUAUCUUCUUUCUAUAGUGUACAUGCCGCACAGUCUUCGCAUGGUGUGUUUAACAAACUUGUUCUGCUGGAUGGCCCAUGUUUGUUACUCUCUUUACUUCACCGAUUUUGUUGGAGAAGCUGUUUAUGGGGGUGAUCCACAGGCACCGGAUGGCAGUAAAGAACGAGAACUCUACGAAAGUGGUGUUCGUUUUGGAUGCUGGGGAAUGUCUAUGUAUUCCCUUUCCUGUUCAUGUUAUUCAUUAAUUAUUGAAAGAUUAAUUGAACGCUAUAAAGCUCGAAGGGUUUACAUUUGCGGGCUAUUAUUCUACAGUACUGGAAUGAUGAUGAUGGCGUUGACAAAGCAUCCCGUGGGAGUAAUUGUGUUCUCUUGGACCGCUGGUGUUAUGUACUCCACGUUGUUCACUAUGCCCUAUUUGUUAGUUGCACAUUAUCACGCCUCGUCGACUUUCGAGGUGACAGCAGAGGGUGAAGCCAUUCAAAGCGGAGGUGUCCGUGGUCUUGGCACAGACGUGGCAAUCGUCUCCUCCAUGGUGUUCCUAGCGCAAUUUCUACUCUCCUGCUGUUUGGGUACGAUAGUUAGCCAAUCUGGAACCACCACAGCGGUGGUCUGUGUGGCGAGCACCCUUGCUGCAUGUGGAGCCAUUUCUGCAACACAAGUCAUGUAUCUGGAUCUCUGAGUUUCAUUCUGAAAUCCUUUUUCCGCUAUCCCAUCUAUUUAUUAUUCUCUGAAACGCAAAUUUGAAAGUGGUUGGGAAGCUUUAUUUUAAAAUAUGUAUGAAGUUUUGUUGAGUAGAAGCGUUGUAAAAUUCUGAAAUUUAAACAGUUAGAUUUAUAGCAUUUAUAGAAUAAGUGGAACGCAAGAAGAAUUAUUUUUCUUUGUUUUCUAUUCAAGUUUUGUUCAAUUAUAAUACUAGAUAACAAUUUUCAUUUGAUAAAGUGAAUAUAAAUGUUUUUUUUUUUUUCUUUAAUAAGAUCUUGCGCUUUAUGAGAAUGUAAUAAUGCACAAAUAAUGGCUCUAUGUAUCUAUAUAGCAGAUACAUCCUAAAGUUAUAACUGUUAUGUGGUCAAAGGAAACCUGUAAAUAAAUGUAACUUGUAAAAACAUAAUAAAAAUACGUAGAUAGUGCAAUGUAUUUAAACGAAUGGAA